UAGCCACUCACUCACACUCACGCACUGUUAGAUGUUAGGUUGCAUAAAGGCAUGCCAGUGCUUGUGAAAUUCUGAACCUUUUUUAUUUUCUUCACAUUUCACUGUAGGCUUUGAGAAUUCAGAGUUCAAGGUUUCAGCAAUUGGGUAUUUCUCUUUUGGUGUGAAGGAGAAGAAGGAGGAUGCUUGCUUCUGCAGCAAAAUAAGGGGUUUUUGCUCUUGGGUUUGCUGAUUUCUGGUCAGUGGGUCUUUGACUCUUUGCUGAUUUUUUAAGAGAUUGAAGCAACUUUCUGCACUUCCAUAUUUGUGGUCUUGGGAUCUCAAUUCCCAAGUGGGCAUUGGUGAUUGCACUUGUUUUACUGAAUUACUUGGAAGUUUUGCUUCACUUGAAGUUGCAAAGCUGGGUUGUUGAAGUUAAGGUCUUUUGGGAUUUGAGUGCUGAAAGUUUCUUCGUUUGAAUUUCUUAUGGGAGUGUUGGUGUUGAAUUGAGUUGGGGGGAUUUUCUUUGGUUUCAUCAAUGGAGGUAUUGGGGUUACUCCAAUGGCAUUCCUCAAAUGGGUUCUCUUGGCCUGCUGUAUUGGUUCAGUUUUCGGUCUUAAUUCCCCAACCCAAUCCUGUUAUCCAAAUGAUUUUCUUGCAUUGAGGGAGUUUGCAGGAAACCUCACAAAUGGGUCUAUGAUCACAGCAUGGCACAACACAUCAACUUGCUGCCAAUGGGAUGGUGUUGUCUGUGGGAAUGUGAACAAUGGGACAGUUGUUGCUAGUAGAGUCACACAGUUGAUUCUUCCCAGCAUGAGUCUCAGUGGAACGAUUUCACGCUCUUUGGGUCGAUUGGAUCAGCUGAAGUUGCUUAAUCUUUCUCUGAAUCAUCUUGAAGGUGGAUUGCCUGCAGAGCUCUCAGACUUGAAGCACCUGGAGGUUCUUGACUUGAGCAAUAACAUGCUGUCCGGACCAGUUUCAGGUGCGCUUUCCGGUUUGAAUUCGAUCAGAGUUCUGAAUAUUUCAAGCAAUUCAAUCCAUGAUGAUUUGUCUGAGCUUGGAGGAGGAUUCUCACAUCUUGUUGUGUUCAACAUAAGCAAUAAUUCAUUCACUGGUCAGUUCAACCCUCGGAUUUGUAGCUCUUCCAAUGAAACCCACAUUCUAGAUAUGUCUUGGAACCGUUUGGUGGGAAGUCUUGAAGGCUUAGACAAUUGCAGCAGGUCUCUCCAACAAUUGCACCUGGACUUCAAUUCAUUUUCAGGCUAUCUACCUGAAUCUUUGUAUACGUAUUCGGCUUUGGAGCAGCUUUCAGUCUCUGGGAACUCUCUUUCCGGCCAGAUAAGCAAGGAACUGAGUAAGCUUUCUAGCCUCAAGACCUUAGUCAUUUCUUCAAACCAAUUUUUGGGUGAACUUCCAAAUGUGUUUGGGAACCUUAGACGACUAGAACAGUUAGUUGCACAUUCAAAUAUGUUGUCUGGCCCAUUAGCUUCAACCUUGGCACUCUGUUCAAAUCUUCGAGUGCUUGACCUUCGAAACAAUUCUCUAUCCGGUUCCAUUGAUCUAAAUUUCACUGGACUUCCAAAACUCUGCACACUUGAUCUUGCCACUAAUCAUUUUUCUGGUUUCCUUCCAAAUUCACUUUCUAAUUGUCGUGAGUUGAAAACGUUAAGCCUUGCUAGGAAUAAAUUAAGGGGUUCAAUUCCGGAAGACUUUGCCAAACUCACAUCCCUAUUCUUCCUCUCAUUGUCGAAUAACAGUUUUGUGAACUUAUCUGAGACACUAUCUGUGCUGCAGCAAUGCAAAAAUCUCACAACUCUAAUUCUUUCAAAAAAUUUCUUUGGUGAGGAGAUUCCGAAAAAUGCAAGUGGGUUUGAAAGCUUAAUGGUUUUAGCACUCGGGAAUUGUGCUCUCAAAGGCCAAAUUCCAGUUUGGUUAUUGAGUUGCAGGAAGUUGCAAGUCCUUGAUUUAUCUUGGAAUCGCUUGGAUGGUCCCAUCCCUUUGUGGAUAGGUCAGAUGGAAAACUUGUUUUAUUUGGACUUUUCAAAUAAUUCACUCUCGGGAGAAAUCCCAAAAAGUAUGACAGAGCUGAAAAGCCUCAUAUCUACAAAUUGCACUCAUGCAAACCUUAUUGCUUCUGCUGGCAUCCCGUUAUUUGUAAAACGGAAUAGGAGUGCUACUGGCCUGCAGUACAACCAGGUCUCAAAUUUUCCUCCGUCAAUACUCUUGAGCAAUAACAGAAUAAAUGGAGCAAUGUGGCCUGAGAUCGGACGAUUGAAGCAGCUCCAUGUUUUGGAUUGGAGCCGGAACAACAUUAGUGGGACCAUCCCAAGCUCCAUCUCGGAGAUGGAGAACUUGGAAGCAUUGGAUUUAUCAUUCAAUGAUCUCUAUGGUUCGAUCCCUCCAUCACUUAGCAAGCUCACAUUCUUGUCAAAGUUUAGCGUGGCAAAUAAUCACCUCCAUGGAGUGAUUCCCAAUGGAGGACAGUUCUUAAGCUUUCCCAGCUCAAGUUUUGACGGUAACUCGGGGCUUUGUGGGGCAAUGUACACUCCAUGUGGUGAUAUCAGCAGUACAAGUCUCAAGCCUGUAACUCCAUCCAGUUCAAACAGUAGAUUUGGUCGAAACAGCAUCCUUUGUGUAGUAAUCAGCAUAGGAGUUGGGGUUGCAUUGCUUCUUGCAGUUGGUUUGCUUAAAAUGUCAAGGAGGGGAGCAAAGGAUCAAAUUGAUGAUUUUGAUGAGGACAGCAGGCCGCACAGGAUAUCCGGAGCCCUUGCAUCGUCAAAACUGGUGCUGUUCCAAAAUUCAGACUGUAAGGAUUUUACAGUGUCAGACUUGUUAAAGUCUACAAACAAUUUCAACCAAGCCAACAUAAUUGGUUGUGGUGGUUAUGGACUGGUUUACAAAGCCAACCUACCGAAUGGAGCAAAAGCUGCAAUCAAGAGACUUUCUGGGGAUUGUGGACAGAUGGAACGUGAAUUUCAAGCUGAAGUGGAAGCCCUCUCAAGAGCUCAGCACAAGAACCUUGUCUCUCUUCAAGGUUACUGCCGGCAUGGUAAUGACAGACUGUUAAUCUACUCCUACAUGGAGAACGGAAGCUUGGAUUAUUGGCUGCAUGAAAGUGUUGAUGGUGUUUCGCUUCUAAAAUGGGAUGUAAGACUUAAGAUAGCUCAAGGUGCGGCUCGUGGGCUAGCCUACUUGCACAAGGGUUGUCAGCCAAAUAUAGUGCAUCGAGAUAUAAAAACAAGCAACAUUCUUCUAGAUGAAAAAUUUGAAGCUCACUUGGCUGAUUUUGGUCUUUCAAGGUUACUUCGUCCUUACGAUACCCAUGUUACAACAGAUCUGGUUGGGACUUUGGGUUAUAUUCCUCCAGAGUACAGUCAGACAUUAACAGCAACCUGCAGGGGCGAUGUUUACAGUUUUGGUGUUGUUCUUCUUGAGCUUCUUACUGGUAGGAGGCCUGUAGAAGUAUGCAGAGGAAAAAACUGCAGAGAUUUGGUAUCGUGGAUGUUUCAGAUGAGAUUUGAGAAGAGAGAUGAAGAGAUUAUAGAUUCGUCAAUUUGGAAUAAGAAUCAUGAGAAGCAACUUUUAGAUGUUCUUGGUGUUGCCUGUAAAUGCCUGGAUCCCAAUCCGAGGCAGAGGCCCUUUAUUGAAGAAGUUGUGUCAUGCCUUGACGGUAUAGGAUUUGAGAGCGGGAAACAAUGACCAUCCUUGUUGCAUUUCCAUCCUAUGGAACUCAGCAACUCAGCUGAGGUUCCAUUAGCAUCCCAAUAUGGAAAGGUAUACCUGAAAAGCAACACUAUUGCUAGUCUAUAGUUGGGGUCUUUGGUUUCUUAUAAAAAGAACUCAUUUGGUACUAUGUUAUACUGAUGUAAUAUGUAUACAACGGCCAUGUUGGCCGCUUCUACCUGAAAUAAGCAUUACAAAAUUCCGUCCUCUUUUCUCCUGAAAUGCGUUAAUUUUGUUUUCUUAGAUUUUUAAUUGAUUUCAUUUCGUUGUACAUACAUGAUGAACUCAGUGUAACAAGGUGACAACAGAAGCACCUUUCUAUGAGCAUGAAGUACGCUUCUAUGUCGUAGGAAAAGUAUGAUAUUGAUUUCUCUCACA